UCUGAGUGAGGCGCAGUCUGAUAUGGUUUGACUUGUUUCCUCCAGCAGGACUCGUAGGAGGCACCCGUGUCUUUAUUCCUGUAAGCCCACAGUCCUCAGCAAUGGAUGAAUAGCUACUGAAGCAGAUUGAACCCCUGCUGCGAAGAAUUAUCUCGAAAGGUUUUUCUUUUUAACCAGCUUUACCUGUGCUUUUAAUAGAAGUUUAUUUUGUUUUGUUUUUGUGCAGAAUAAUGCGCUGGAUUAGGUCUCGCAGAAUGUGGACGAAGCAAGACAUGUGCAAAGCGGACGAAGUGGAAGUGAAGAAACCUGUGGUAUGAGGCUGAGAAUGUGGCGGGGACAGCACAGGGCAGCAGCAGCAACUUUCCUGAGACUGGAGGUUUGACGAGGGCGCACCACGAGCGGAAAGUGUUGGCACUGCGCGCUGGGUCAGCUCUGCAGGCGGUUUCCACUGGCACCUCACAACUGACUUUUCAACCAUCCCAUUAGGCCUGAAUGAAAGCUAUAUGAAUAUUCAUUAUUCAAGACACUAUCCACGUUUACAAAGAAAACGCUCUGGAUCCAAAUUAACCCAAGACACGAAUCACCAGACUGCCUCUCCACGAUCCGUUUCCCCUCAAAUUUGCAAUUCUGAUUCCCGAAGUGGCUCCGAAGUGGUGUUGCGACUCCUCGUCCCCGGCGGAUCCGGAGAUUGGAGUCCCUGCCCGGGGGGGAGGCGGGGUCGAGGCUCCGGCCACAGCGCUCGCGCAGAAGAGCGGCCGCGUCAGGAGGAUGGUGCGUCUGGCGGCAGAAGUGCUGCUGCUCCUGGGACUCCUGCUGCUCACUCUGCACAUCACGGUGCUGCGCAGCAAUCCGCUGCCUCAAGGAAAUGCAACUCUGAGCCUGGAUCAGGACGCAGCACUUCCAGAGUACAAAAAUACAAAAACCAGAAGUGGCUCUUCUUCCCAAGUGGUUCCUAAAGAUCGGAGGUCUGGUCCAGAGCACACGUUGGCUCAUCAGCCUGCAAUCCUCCCCUGGGCACAAGGCAGCAAUGUACACAGGGACGGCCCUGAAGCUUUUCUCCUAGAUCUGCACAAUUUCCCAGACCUGUCCAAAGCUGAUCUCAAUGGGCAGAACCCCAACAUACAGGUGACCAUUGAAGUGGUGGAUGAACUAGAGGGCCACGAACCAGAGAAAGGCCUCCGAAAGGAAAGCAAGCCUAACUGGGCCUCUCCGAACUGGAGAAACUGGUGGCCUCACACUUCUUCAUCCUCUUCGUCUUCAUCCACCCAUCAAACAGGGGAGCAUGACCGUAGCUAUGGGAGCAAAAACGAGGACAGCAACUUCCUCAGGCCACCAUCAAACUGGGACAGGAGGGGAAAGAAGGUUCAACCAGAAUACGACUACUCUGAUGGAGAGGGAGACUGGAGUAUCUGGUCCGCAUGCAGCGUCACAUGUGGAAAUGGCAACCAGAAGAGAACCAGGUCUUGUGGUUAUGCCUGCACAGCCACGGAGUCUAGAACUUGCGAUAUGCCCAACUGUCCAGGUAUUGAAGAUGCCUUUAAGACAGCAGCUACUGAAGUGAGCCUUUUAGCUGGAACAAAUGAGUUCAAUGCCACAGAACUCUUUGGUGUUGACACAGACAGCUGCGAGCGAUGGAUGAACUGCAAGAGCGAUUUCUUGAAAAAGUACAUGACCAAGGUGGCUAACGACCUUCCCAGCUGCCCUUGUGCUUAUCCGACCGAGGUGGCGUACAGCACGGCAGACGUGCACGAUGCCCCCACGCAGCGAGAUUUCCGGUGGAAAGAUGCCAGCGGGCCAAAAGAGAAACUUGAAAUCUACAAGCCGACAGCCCGCUACUGCAUCCGCUCCAUGCUGACCCUCGAGUCCACCACGCUGGCCGCACAACACUGCUGCUACGACGACAACAUGAAACUUAUCACUCGGGGCAAAGGUGCUGGCACACCCAACCUCAUUAGCACAGAGUUCUCUGCUGACCUGCACUACAAGGUGGACAUUUUGCCCUGGAUCAUCUGCAAAGGAGACUGGAGCCGCUACAACCAAGCCAGGCCGCCAAACAAUGGGCAAAAGUGUCCAGACAAUCCUUUGGAUGAGGACUACUACAAACAAUUUGAAGAAGCAAGGGAAUUCUAGUGUAAUGUAGAAUGAAGGGAUAAAAAGAGAACUCAGUUUAAAUGUUCAGCUAAACCACAAAUAUGGUAUUUUAGGUCAGAUAAAAUUAACUUUAGGCUUUUAUGAAAGGCUUAUUUUAAAAUGUUUAACAAAGAAAGACAAACAAAACCAAGCACAUAACGUUGCCAUGUCAUAUUUUAAGAACGUGGCUCUGAAUCUUUGCCACUUUUAUAGCUGCAUAGCUUAGCUCAGAUUUGAGCCAGUUAAGGAAACACUGGCUGCAAAUCCUCUAAAGGGAAACUCAUUUCAAUAGAAAAUAUUCACUUAGAUUGUGUCCUGCUUUGUCUCUGUAGGUUCUUUAUGUUUGGUGAAUCUGAGAGGCCUGUGUUAAUAGAAUAAUGAGAUCCAUCCGGACUGUUUAAGGGGAGGGGGACAGAGAACAAGGUUGUCCAGUUUUCCUUAUUUUGUCAGUCAUAAUAUCAAGGUUUUUAUGUGAGCCUUUGGAUAUGUUUAUUUAGCAUGCACAUUUUUAUUUCCAUAUUUUACCUCUUUAAUUUAACUGUGUCUCUGAGGCAGUUCUUCACUGUAAAAAGUCUGCAUUAUUUUUGUAAAGUAUUUAUUUAAUUGUAGCUGUGCCAAGGUUGUGUCUAUGACUGGGGCUUCUCAGUCCCAUUCACGCCUAUGCCUGAAUGCCUCAUUUGAGAUUCCUCUCUUGUUCAUGAUUAGCCAUCAUUGUGCAUGUCUCUCUCAAGUUAGGGAUAAAUCACAAUAGAGCAUAAAGAAUGUUUGAAUUUAACUGUAAGAAAGGUUUUUAAGAUAUAAAUCUAUGAAUAAAUUUUUUUAAAGUC